AUGCUGCGAACGGACUAUGUGAUAUCUGACAGGAAAAGCCGCCGCGAGCGGCCAGAGGAUGAGGGGACGGCCAGCAAAGGCUGCCGCCGUUUUGGCGUCUGCUACAAGAAAGACUUCAUUGACAAGUUCGCGAAAAGGACCGCUAUAUUGCGAAAACCAUCGGUGCACGACGGCGGGAAGGUGCGGAUCACAGAACCGCUGUUCUCCCGUGGAAGGAACGUCUAG